CUGAGUUGCAGAAGAAGAAAGGCAUCGUUCUUCCUCUCUAGCGAGCACUCUCCAGAGUUAGGGUUUUUGCUCGAUCGUUUCCGAUUCUUCAGCUUGAUCGGGUGUUUAGUUCGAUUUUGAGAUGGCUCCAGUUCCGGAUCCGAACAACGUUGGUGGUGGUGCGAAGCGGGAUGAAGCUACGCCGAAGGUUCCUUCUAAGGAUCCCAAGAAGAAGGAUGAUAAGAAGGAGGAUGAUCUCUCUGAAGAGGACUUGGAACUAAAGCAGAACCUGGAGCUUUAUGUUGAGAGGGUGCAGGACCCCAAUCCUGAGUUGCAGAAGGCCGCUCUUGAAAGCAUGAGGCAGGAAAUCCGUGCCUCAACGAGCUCCAUGACUUCAGUUCCCAAACCCCUCAAGUUUCUCCGUCCUCAUUAUGGAACUCUUAAGGAGUUACAUAAAAAUAUGGCGGACUCCGAUCUCAAGAAAUUGUUGGCUGAUAUAUUGUCUGUCCUGGCCCUGACCAUGUCUGCUGAGGGUGAAAGGGAAAGCUUAGGAUAUAGGUUAACUGGAUCAGGAGGUGACAUCGGAUCGUGGGGUCACGAGUAUGUAAGGAAUUUGGCCGGGGAGAUUGCAGAAGAGUAUACAAUGCGUCAGAGUGAGGAGGCCUCCAUUGAGGACUUAAUGGAUCUUGUGAAGCAAAUUGUUGCAUUUCACAUGAAGCACAAUGCAGAAACCGAAGCUGUUGACCUUUUAAUGGAUGUUGAGGAACUUGAUCUCUUACUUGCGCAUGUAGACCGCACAAAUUUCAGGAGGACGUGCAACUAUCUCACGAGUUCAGCAAAAUUCCUUCCAGGACCGGAUGACAUGCUGGUUUUAGAUAUUGCUUACAUGAUCUACAUGAAGUUUGAGGAAUAUCCAAACGCUCUGCAAGUUGCACUAUUUCUUGAUAACAUGCAGUAUGUGAAGCAAGUAUUUACCUCAUGCACUGAUCUGCUAAGAAAGAAACAGUUCUGCUACAUGAUUUCACGCCAUGGCAUCACCGUUGAGCUCGACUCUGAGAUGGUUGCAGAUAAGGAUGACAGAGACAUGCUGCAGGAUAUUGUUAACAACACUAAGUUAAGUGAAGGAUAUCUGACGCUUGCAAGGGAUAUUGAGGUCAUGGAGGCCAAGACGCCUGAAGACAUCUACAAGGCUCACUUGCUUGAUGGCAGGGCUAGCUCUGGCCCAAGUGUGGAUUCUGCUAGACAAAAUCUAGCUGCGACGUUUGUGAAUGCAUUUGUAAAUGCUGGUUUCGGCCAGGACAAACUAAUGACAGUACCAUCCGACGCAGCUAGUGGAACUGCUGGAAACUGGCUCUUCAAAAAUAAAGAACAUGGCAAGACCAGUGCAGCUGCUAGCCUGCUAGAUCGCUGA